UAAAUCUAAGUAUUGGAAUAACCACCAGCUUUUGGGGAUUUGGCUGCCCCAUUCUUUGCAGUUCACCCUAAUUGAGUGACCACAGCUGGCCCACACUAGGACCCCGGUCACAGGGGGUAUGAAAGGUGGAGCAUCCCUGCCCUACUUUUGUUUCAUACACCUAUCAUGUUUUAUCUGAUACCUAGACUGUAAGCUGUCUGGGCAGUCAGUGUCUUUUGUUGUUGCGAUGGGACCCUGAGCCUUGACUGGGGUUAUGUGCUACUGAAAUAUAAAAAAAUUAGGAAGGAAAUGUCUUGUCUUGGCUAUUUGUGCCAGAUCAGUUUUUUCUGCAUCAGAUAACGCCUGCAAAAGAUGCCUGAGGAUUCUACUGACAGCCGGUCCUUCCAUCCUCCCCAGUGUUCUGCCCUCUACUGGUAUGUCUACACUGCAGCAAGGAUGAAGCCUGUGUAGACAGACUUGCACCAGGGAAGCUUGAGCUAGCGUGCUAAAAAUAGUGUGAAUGUUGCUGCACCAGCAGAGGCUCGGGCUAGCCACCCGAGCUCAGACCCAGCAACGUCCACACUACUAUUUUUAGCUUGCACAAGUCCUAUUUGUAUGAGUCGGUCUACCCAGGCUGGGAAGCUCACUCCCAGCUGCAGUGUAGACGUACUCUAAGAAGAGCCAAUGACCAGACACUGCUAACAUGACACUGAGAUAGCUCUUUGAUACAGGGACCAUCUCUUCCUAGGUUUGUACAGCAUCCAGCACAAUGGAUAAAUGUGAAAUAUUUAUGCCUUUCCUAUUACUAGAAAGUGCUAAUUUUUGUCAGAUAUUUAUGAAUUGUUUAAGAAAGAAUUAACCUAUCAUGCUAAAUGACCAUUUAUUACUCACUAUGAAGGGUUUUUUUCCCUUCCUUGUUUGGAUUUGCGCUUUUGUUGAUGCAUUAUAGGGCUCAUGAUUUGAUCCUGUGGUGUGUAAGGUGUUGUAGUUAGUCAUGUUAGUCUAAAUUAGCUUAGUCAUUAUUUGUAUAGUUGGGAGUCAAAGGAUGCACAUGAUUCUUUCAAUAAACAGCUGCUACUGUGGUUUACAGUUAGUAUAAAUGUGCAGUAACUUUUGUGACACCGCUGAAAGGUUGGGACCUGAUUCAUGGGCAAUAAAACUAUGUUGGUCCUAAUGUGGACACUGCAUUUGUAACAAUCUGGGAGGUGCAGUGGAUCCCUGAGGAGUGUCAAGGUGUCGGAAUUAUGCUUGACUUAGAGACUUUCUGUGCCAAGUUCAUUACUUUUAAGACCAAUAAAGUGAAAACAGCAGCUUUCAGGGAAGUAGAACAGGGAUGCUUCUAAGCAAAACCUGGGCCUAACUCUCAUCAGAAGCUAAUGAAGAGAGAGUACUACUUCCUACUAGUAGAUGAUUUUUAUACUGGAUAAAGUUAGGAAGAAGAUUAAUAGUAAUGCUGCCAAACUAAAAAGGGCCCAGUAAUUUGGAAGGCAGUUGAACAAAAGGAACUUCUUGCUUGGAUGGACAUUAUUCUUCAAUGUGCCUUGUCCGAAGACUUCCAAGGAAGUCCACAAGAGCCUAUGGUUGUUGCUUCUUUCCAAGCUAGAGUGUAAAAGUUUUCCAGGGUAUGCUAUCAGGACAUUCUGCACCAUCUAUGUGAGAUGAAUCGGAAAGAUGCUGAUGCAAAGGUGUUUCAAGAAAUCCACCUACUGCAAGCCAGGCUUACAAGGAAUUUCCAGAAGCUUUACACUUGUGCACAGACUCCGUGUGCCAAAAAAUGCCAAGUGCAGAUGAGUGGUGCACAGUACAAUAGUGACUUGCACCUGGCUCUCCUCCUGGUUCUGGAAACUGGGUAUAUAUGAAAUAUCUGUAUUUAUUCUGUUACAUAUUUACUUACUAUGGGGGAAAAUAUCCCCUUGAUUUAUGUCUUUCUCAAACUUCUUACAUCUUAUUACUAUAUGAGAUACAUUGUGAAGUUGGAGAGUUCUGCUUCCAUUAAGGCAAUAAGAGAGGAAUGUUCUGCCUGUUAUAUAAGAUUUCUGUUUACUGCCUAUUGGGAAGACCCUCACAACUCUGGGUAUGUAUCAUCUCCAGGACAUAAUCUACACUUGAAUGCCCAUAGAAUGUAUGAACAUUCUUCAACUGCGGAUCAGCUGAAGGGCUGGACAAUGCCUGCAGUAUUUCCAUUAUCCAAAGGAAAAGAUACCUCUCCAUUCAUUUACCUGCAGGUCUUUUGGCUUCUCAUCCACAUUGCUUGCAUCAAUGCUUGUCUUCUGUAUUCUCUGCAGCUGUCCCAGUCUUCUAGGAAAGGAUCUCUAGGCUUUGACACCUGCAAGUAUUUGAUGCUGACCUGUGUUUCCUUACGUCCAAUCUAGGCACUUCCUAUCGCGACCCACACGCCCUCCCAGUUCUGAAACUGUGCACCUGGAGCAUUCGAAGCAUUCUAGUGAGGAAUCCAACGAUGAGACAAACCAACUGUACCAAGGACUCACUGGCCUGCGUAACUUGGGCAACACUUGCUACAUGAAUGCAGUUUUGCAGUGCCUCUGCAGUAUAUCCCCGUUGGUGGAGUAUUUUCUCUCAGGGAAGUAUGUACCAGCCCUACACAAGGAAAACGGUGAGGUUGCUACCGCCUUUGCCUAUUUGAUGGCCGAUAUGUGGCUGGGAGAGUUUGAGUGCAUCUCACCAGAGGUGUUCCGUUCAGUCAUUGGCGACUUAUGCCCGGCUUUUACCAAGAAGACUCAGCAGGACGCCCAGGAGUUUCUGAUUUAUGUACUGAACGAAUUACAUGAGGCUCUUAAGAAGUCAUACAAAAGGAGAUGCUAUGGGAACACAUCCACUUCUAGGGAAGAUAGGGGAACUGGCAGUGAAACAUCAAUCAUCACCCAGCUCUUUGAGGGGCAGCUCAGUUAUGACAUUUCAUGCCUGGCGUGUCAGACCACCACGGAUAAGAACGAGGUCUUCACAGUUCUCUCUCUUCCCAUCCCUUCUGAGAGUGCAUGCUCUCUACAGGACUGCCUUGAAUGUUUCUUUCAACAAGACACACUGACCUGGAACAAUCAAAUUCACUGCUCCUUCUGUGGAACUAAGCAAGAUGCUGCAGUAAAGGCCAACAUAGGCAAGGCGCCAAAGAUGGUUAUUUUUCACUUAAAGAGGUUUGACUAUCAAGGCAGCUACAAAAGGAAACUGGGGACUAACAUCUACUAUCCACUAAGCAACUUGGAUCUUUCGCCUUAUAUUUAUCCACUCUUUCGGAAGAAUCCAAAAUACAACUUGUGUGCUGUGGUGAACCAUUUUGGUUAUCUGGAUGGUGGCCAUUAUACGGCAUUCUGCAAGCACACGCUCACCCAGAACUGGUACAGCUUCGAUGAUGCACAGGUCAGCGAGAUUCCACAAUCCUCAGUGCAGUCUGCUGCAGCUUAUCUCCUAUUCUACAGCUGUAAAGCCUUCUCUGUACCUACCAAAACCCAUAAGUACUAGGAAAAUGUCUCUGUGAGAACAGUCCAAUUAUUAGAAUUCACUGACAAUGGUAGUUAACUCCCAUUUUGCCAUUAAACUAGUGCAUCUGCA